AUGUGCAGCCAUGGCCAUGCGGAGCCGGCGACGGCGUGCGUCACGUGCCCGCCGCCGUCGCAGGGGCGGCUCAUCACGGUGCUCAGCAUCGACGGCGGCGGCAUCCGCGGUCUCAUCCCCUCCACCAUCCUCGCCUGCCUCGAGUCCAAGCUCCAGGAGCUGGACGGGCCGGACGCGCGCAUCGCAGACUACUUCGACGUGAUCGCCGGGACGAGCACGGGCGCGCUGGUCACGUCCAUGCUGGCCGCGCCCGGCGAGAACAAGCGGCCGCUCUUCGAGGCCAAGGAAAUCAACAAGUUCUACCUCGACAACGGGCCCAAGAUCUUCCCCCAGAGGAGGUACGUCUGGGGAUUGCUGACCCCGAUAGGGAACAUGUUCGGCGCCGUCAUGGGUCCCAAGUACGACGGCAAGUUCCUGCACGACAAGAUCAAGAGCCUCACCAACGACGUCACCGUCGCCGACACCGUCACCAACAUCAUCGUCCCGACGUUCGACGUUAAGUACCUGCAGCCGAUCAUCUUCAAUACCUAUGAGGCCAAGGUGGACCCGCUCAAGAACGCGCACCUCUCCGACAUCUGCAUCAGCACGUCCGCCGCGCCCACCUACUUCCCCGCGCACUACUUCACCACCCGCGACCCCGCGGGCAAGCUGCCGGACCGCGAGUAUCACCUCAUCGACGGCGGCGUGGCCGCCAACAACCCCACCAUGGCCGCCAUGUCCAUGAUCACCAAGGAGGUGCUGCGCCGCAACCCCGACUUCACGCACGGCAAGCCCGCCGAGUACGGCAACUACCUCAUCAUCUCCAUCGGCACGGGGUCCGCCAAAAUGGCCGAGAAGUACACCGCGCCCGAUUGCGCCAAGUGGGGCGUCCUCCGCUGGCUCUAUGACGGUGGCUUCACCCCGCUCAUCGACAUCUUCUCCCAUGCGAGCGCCGACAUGGUCGACAUCCACGCCGCCGUGCUGUUUCAGGCCCUCCGCAUCGAGAAGAACUACCUACGCAUCCAGGACGACUCGCUCACGGGGCACACGUCCUCGGUCGAUAUCGCCACCAAAGAGAACAUGGAGGCGCUCAUCGGGAUCGGUAAGAAUCUUCUCAAGAAGAAUGUGUCCCGGGUGAACAUUGACACAGGGAUGUAUGAGUCCGUCGACGGCGAGGGCACCAACGAAGAGGCGCUCGCGCGCUUCGCCCGGAAACUCUCCGUCGAGCGUAAGCUGCGCCAAACCAACCUCAACUCUAAAUAG